GGAAUGUUUUUUGUUUUUGUCUUAUUUUCGCUGACCACUAAAAGGCUUCUAAUGCUGUUUAAUGCUGUUUAUCAUGACCUUUGGACACCAUUUUAUAUGCCAGUGAAACAAUUAUGGAAUGUAUUGGAUGCACAACCUUGUUUGUUUCUCAUGCAAAUAAAUCUACUGAAUGCAGUCUUUGGAUCAAUGAUCAUUAUCAGCAAGCGCGUCUGACAAGUUCGUUUUCCUCUACUCAGCCUCUCGGCGGCGAAAUUGAUGGUUUUCAAGAUAGUCGCCUACAUUUGUCAGCAAAAUCUACUCUAUGUCCACGACAAAAGGGAUCAUCGGCCAUUGAGACUACACAUGCAGUCCCGGCUUGAUUAUCUGGAGAGCGGCAGCAGCACGAUAGCAUCGCACACAAACAGUGGUAUGUAACCUGUGUUUUGUACUGUGUUAUGAUUUGUCUGAACGCAGUUUGUAGGGGUUACUGCUACUUUUUGAAGUUUGGUGAUGCUGUUGUUUAUAGUGAGAGUUGAUUGCCUCUGAUCGGGUUUGUGUUCGCUGUGUUUGGAGUGGACGAUUGGUGUGUGUGGUUGGAUUCAGCGCGUUGGUUAUUAUAUCGUGCCUACAUGUGAAUGCUCUGGCUAUUGAUGUUGUUGGUUUUACGUUGGAUUCAUACUGCGCUGGUUAUUUGCAUCUGUCUGUAUGCACAAAAUGAGUGGAUCAAGGGCUGGCUCAACUUCACCUAAAAUAGAGAAAAGAAAAAUCACUCUGACUGCAAAGGCUUUGGCGAGCAAGAUUGAGUCAAUUCAGAAACAGCGUAAAGAGGAAGUAAACAAAUUAAAGAGCCAGAUAUUGUCUCUCAAAGAGCUCAUGAGGGAUGAUCAAAAUGUUUCACAAGUUAAAGCACAGUUUGGUGUUCUGCUGCAAUUGUCUGAAAAUGCCACUGCAUUGCACAAAUCUCUGAUGCCUUUAAUUCCAUCUGAUGAACAAGAAAGACAAAAUGCAUGGUUGGCAAAUGUCACCGAAUACAAUCAAGGAUUUAUUAAUGAUACCAAAGUGUGGAUUUCAGAAGUCAACAGGCCUCGUUCACAGCUAACUCAUGACGUUGAGUGUCACCAGGAUGUUUUGUCAAGGGAAGAAAGUGGGAUUCAUGAGGAUGUAAAAAGGGUACAACGGCAACCAUCUUCUCAACAUGAUGUUCAGGAUGACAUAUUGCCAUGUGACAGUAUAUCAAACCUAAGCAGUAGAAAACAAGGUUCAAAAUCAAACAUUUCCACUACUUCAUAUGCACGUCUUAAAGCAGAGGCUGAAAUAGCUGCUCUGCUUGCCCGUCAAAGUUUGCUAAAGGAAAAACAUUCCCUUGAGGCGCAGGAAGAGAAAUUAAGACAACAAAAAGAACAACUUCAGCUUAAGGCCAAUAUAGCCGCAUCAAUGGCAAAAGUAAAUGUUUUAAAGACCUCUGGAUCUGGUGCGCAGAGUGCUGCUUCUUAUCGAUCUGAUGGCAUGGAGUCAUAUUUUAAGAAAAAAGGAAAAACAGUUGAAGCUCUUAACCUUGAUGCAGAGACUUUUGUUCCACAAAACCUUGGAAAGGAUGAAAAGGGAAAACCAGCAACUGGAAAUGUUGAUUUACACUUUGGAAGGCCAAAACAGAAAAAGGCAGACGAUGACAUUCAUCUCCAGCAGAUGCCCUCGGAGAUCAUGAGACAGAGCACAGUUCCAAAUACUACUGCGCCUUCAGUGUCUCAUCGUAGAGAUGUCCAUACACUCUUUUCCACGAACAUUAACAGUGACCAGAACCCCAUGUUGUCUAUAAUGGAAAAACAGAAUGAGAUAACAUUAAUGCUGGUGCAUCAGCAAUGUCUUGCAUCACUGCCUAAGAGAGAUAUCCAAAUAUUUGAUGGCGACCCUCUACAGUACCAUGCUUUCCUGCGGUCCUUUGAACAGGUAAUUGAGGGAAAGACUGAUAAUGCUGAAGAUAGCCUGCAUUUUUUGGAACAGUACACCGGGGGGCAACCACAACAACUUGUCAGGAGCUGUCAACAUGUGACUGAUGGCUCAGGAUAUGCAAAGGCAAAGACUUUACUGCAUGAACAUUUUGGAAACAAACAUAUGAUUGCAUCUGCCUAUUUGAAUAAGGUCUCUUCAUGGCCAACAAUUAAGUCAGAAGAUGGAAAGACUUAACAUGCAUACAGUCUGUUCUUGCGUGGAUGUUGCAAUGCCAUGGAUGAGGUUCAUAGUCUGUGUGAAUUGAAUACACCUGUCAAAAUGAUUGCUGUGAUUAAAAGAUUACCCUACAAACUGAGAGACAAGUGGCGAACAGUGUCAUGUGACAUCCAGGAAAGGCAUCACCGGAGAGCUAUGUUUGUUGAUAUUGUGACUUUUAUGGAGCGCCAAGUGAAAAUCAUGACAGAUCCUGUGUUUGGAAACCUACAGGAUGCACCAACGUCGGUGGCAAUUAAAGAAGGCAACAGGGCAAAAUCACCUCGCUCAAGGGCUAAAGGAAGUAGCUUUGCCACUGCUGAAAAGACACUGACGGAACACAAGGUUAAAGAUGGAAAUUUACCUGAAAAGACUUGCCUGUACUGCAAAGGUGGACACAUGCUGGAGUUUUGUACUCUGUUGGAGAAGAGAGCUCAACGUGAGAAGAGUGAUUUUCUAAAAAAGACUUUUGCCAAAACAAAAGGCGUUUGUUUUGGCUGUCUGUGUACUGGUCACAUCAGUAAGGAGUGUAGAAAACGUCUCUCUUGCAAAACUUGUGGUUUAAGGCACACUAGUAUGCUUCACAUCCACCACAAGGAUAAGGGAGCAGAUGUAGAGAAAAGUAAGAGCAACUCAGAGAAUGCAGUGAGCAUGGAUAGAUUGGAUG